AUGGUGAGAUUGUUUCUUAUUAUACUGAAACUGCUGCUGAUUCCAAAAUCUGCCAGUUGGGUAUCUCUUCGGCUUCUUAAGCCGACAAAAGCCUGGACGAGAAAAUGGAAGGUAGCUGAAGAAAAAGCCACAGCUACCAUGUUUGGCUAUGGCAAGUCAGAUUCAGAGGAUAAAUUGGAUGUCGCGGGUGCAGUAGAGGGCUUUUUGGCAAUUGGAGGUUGGGGUUCCUCCUGUUCAGAGUCUGAUUCGGAGGAACCGAUUUCUUCAGAUGAAGCGUCGUCUUCUUCAGUGCCGGAUUUCGAUUUUGGGAUUGAUGCGGGACUGUAG